UAUUGCCAUGAUAAAUGCGUCUGGGUUCUUAUUCCCAGAAUAUUUUUCUUAUUUACUUUGUGCUCUGUGAGCUUGAUAGGUUCCAUCGUUGUUGCAUUGAUAUAAAGGGCUAACAUUCGGCUUGUUAGCCAGCUAGCUGUCGUCGAUCUGCUUUUGGUUUGGAAUUGACGUCACUAUAAAUCAUGAGUGGAGACGUUUCCGCUAUUGCUUGUGAGGAGAUUCACGCAUUUCACGGUGUGGUGAGCUUAUUUUGUUGAGAUGGCAUAUUUUCGCCUAACCUUGCGGAUGAGCACAUUUUUAACCGUGUCAGUGUCGUGCUGCGGUCAGUUUACUCGUGGCAUUCAGUGAUGACGACUACAUGCGCUGCUAUGACAUUGGUAUGUAGCACCACCCAGUGUUGUUACUGAGCUAUCCAGGAAAUCGUCCUUCUUGCUUUAUGGACUGUGAACGUUUAUUCCGUAUUUGAACAAUUGCAGAUCAGAUGUAAAAAUACAAUCAGUGUUUUUAAACAGAAUAAUGUUGCAAGCUCUUUUUUUGUGAAAUCUUAGUACCCUUUUGCAAAUGACGGUCGUUCUUUAUUUAAAACAGUCAGUUCUUCAAUUAAUGGAUGAUCAAUUAAGGUUUUGCAUUUGAGUUUUCACGUGUCCACAUCUACAGGACACAUUUUCAGCGUUUAACAUGCCAACCUAAAAGCUCACCCUCUAAUAAGUCCAGAAAACUUUUUCUCUGUAAGACCAAAACUUACAUUUGAAAUGUUUUGGUACCAUAGUAAUAACCACUUAUUACUAUAACAAUAUAAUUGUUGACUCACAACCUUUCUGGUGGUUUAUAAUGUGAAUGGAGUCAGGCAUUAGUUAGGGGGGCCAGUCUCUCUCUUGAGUGUUUACAAAUAAUCCAUUAAGAUGAUGGGGUUUAAAUGAAGGUGAAAUUAAUGCUGAAAAAUACUAGUAAUGGUUAAAUUUUUUUAAAGAGAAUAAAAAGAAGCUGCAUUGUAAAAAGAGUCGAUGUAAAUAGUUUUUCUUUGCAAGAUAUGAAAUGAUUCGCUGUGUAAAUUGCAUAUUUUGUCCACUAGGGAGCGCUAACAUGUUUUCUGCAUAUCAAAUGACCUCAUUAAUUUAUAACUUGAAUUAUAAAUUAAUUUAUGUAUUAAGAUUGGGAAAUUAUUAAAUUUUUAUUUAUUUUAUAGCACAGAAAAUAUGUUAUCUUAUUCAAAUGUUAGUUAUUGAAUUAGUUAUUUAUUUUUUAUUUAUUCAAGUCUUUGACAGAAUGCAUCUGAUGUCUGCCUAGUGUUACUGUCCGUGUGUUAUUUCGUCAACAAAUGACAAUGUCAUCUUUGGUCAUGUUUACUUAUUAAACAUGAUUCAAGAAAAUUGUGCCAUCAUUACAUCUUGACAAUUUUUAAAAUUGUAUUUAAAGAAAACAAUAAUAUUUAUUGGAAUCAAUAAGUGCAAUGUGGAUAAUAAUGCUUGUAUAACUACAUAAUAUUGAUUUUAUUUGUAAUUUACUGUCUACAGUAAUUCAGUCAAUACUUGUAUAGCACAUUUCAGCAACGAGGCAGUUCAAAGUGCUUUGCAUCAUAAAAACGCAAAAAUAAAAAGUCACGAAAACAAUAUAGAGUUGUUUUUUUAUGUUGAAUAUUUAAUAUGAGUAAUUUGAAAAGGGUUUGAAAAUAUUGCCUUAAUGCUUCUCUACACCUCCGUUUGUCCUCCUGUCUUAUACGUAAUCAUAUCCUCAGCUUUAACGCUCUUUGCCCGUCCUGACUACACGUCCCAUGAUGCAGUUCGGCGCGCUUUCAGAUAUUUCACAUACGGGAUCAGCUGAGCUCGCGCUUCGCUCCUGCGAGCUCCCAGCGGCUCUGGGUCGGAGUGGCUCGGGUCGGCUCGCCGUCCGUCCGUCUGUCCGUCUGUCUGUCCGUCUGUCGUCGGGCUUGGACAUCAUUUUAAACCCCUCUCAGCGCCUGGAAGGGGACAUUUUUCAAACUAAAUCUGGAAGAAUGUGACACACAAUUGGAUUUUUCCUUGUUUCCACCUCCGGUAGCGCUUACGUUUCUUCCGAUGGAGCGGAUGAUUUGGAGAGAGUUUGUCCGGUAAUUGGGUCCAUCGGCUCGGUUCGGAGUUCACCUGGACUGCAGGGGGAACCUUAAGGGGUUCGGGGAGACCUUUAACCCCCCUCCGUCGAGAGGGUGAUACUAUGUCCAGACGAAAACAAACCAACCCCUUCAAAGUUGACUGGCCAUUCCACACUUUGGGCUUAUCUGGACUCCAGCACACCAUUAACAUGGACGGCAGAGAUGAAUUCACCGAGGAUGGCGAAUGCUGCAACAACAACUCGCAAGAAGUCCAAGGACAGGAUAGCCUCACAGAAGACAGCGAUAGCGACCCCGACAACCACGGCGAAGACUCGUCCUCCAACGCGUCUGCUGACGACCACAUGACUGCCAACCGAGCGCAGUGCCGCCUUCAAGGGGCAGGUGUCAAAGUGGAGAGUGACGAGGGGGCUGACCACGGCAACAACUUUGUCUGUCCUCUGUGCACGCUGGAUUUCAGCAGCCCUGAGAGACUCAUUUCACAUGUCUACCAGCAUACAAGCAUGAUGAGCAACACCAAGAGCUACGUGUGCCCAGUGUGUGGGCGAGCCCUGAGUUCUCCUGGCUCGCUUGGACGGCAUCUUCUCAUCCACUCUGAGGACCGCCUCUCCAACUGCGCCGUCUGUGGCGCACGCUUCACAGACACCAACAACUUUAACAGGGAAAAGCUAAAAGAUGUCCUCGACACAAGCAGGAUUGACAUCACUGGUGGACGGGAAACCUGCUCCAUGUCCCACUCCCUCUCCAGCAGCCCCAUGAGCAGCCCGGGCUCCAGCACGCACUCCUGCCACGGAGCGGGUCCCAGUCCCAGUUCCUGUCAGGGCCCGCCUCCAUGCCAGGCUCCCGAUCCGACAUCCACACUCUGUCAGGCCCAUCGCUCCUGCCAGGCCUCCAGCCACAUCCCAAACCAGUGUCAAGGACCACGGCCGUGCCACGCAUUAAGCCCAGGUUGUGGACCGUGCUUGGGGUCCGAACAAGGACCCGCCUUUCCUUCGCUGCCCGACGGGCUCCUGUCUGAAGGUCCGUCGCUCGCGUCCAUCCCUGACGCCCUCAACUCCUCCUCCUCAGCCCUUCCUCCCAUUCCCGACAUCAUGAGCCCGAUGCCCGUCUACCCCGCUGGAGUCCUGCUGGUGUGCAACAGCUGCGUGGCCUACCAGCAGCUGGUGGAGGCGCAGUCUCCGAUGCGGAAGUGGGCCCUGCGUCGCAAGAACGAGCCCCUGGAGGCUCGCCUGCAGCGUUUGGAGCGCGAACGCACCGCGAAGAAGAACAAGCGCGCCUGCGAGACGGACGAGGAGAAGGAGCUGAGGCGGCUGCGAGACCGCGAGGCCAAGCGCAUGCAGAGGAUGCAGGAGACGGAGGAGCAGAGGGCGCGGCGACUGCAGAGAGACCGGGAGGCCAUGCGGCUAAAGAGGGCCAACGAGACUCCGGAGAAGAGGCAGGCCCGGCUGAUCCGCGAGAGGGAGGCCAAGCGGAUCAAGCGGCGGCUGGAGAAGAUUGACCCCGCCCUCAGGACACAGAUCGAGCACGAUCCCGCCGCGAUGGCCGCUCUCACAGCGGACAUGAGUCUCUUUCAGUUCCCCUGUCCCAUGCCGGUUCCUUCCAUAGAUAAUGGUCUCUUCAUGAAGCUGCCAUGAUCCCUGGGGAUCCUAUAAAAACUCCCCCCAGCCGUCAGGUUCCCAUUACCACAGCGAACCAUUCCUGUCCUACUCUUGCUAUACUAUUCCUCUGUAUUCAUGCAAACUUCUUCGAUUUCUAAUUUAUUACAGUCUAUUAAACCUUGGAAACAGGGUUGAGAAUGUUUCUUAUUCUAAGAGCAUGCUGUAAAGAGAUUUAUCCGUGUUUCAGUGGACUCUCAGAGGUAAUAGUACAUUCUGGUGGGAGCAGUUAUUCUUGCUUCAACUGACAAACAAAACAAAACAAAUCAUUUGCACAUGGAUCCUCAGUGAAGGGAGCGUGGACCCUGUCGCUGCAGACCCUCCCUCCCUGGUCCUCCCAGCCCAGUAACUCAGACUCCGGUAGCUGCGCCUCUCUCUGUUUCCUAGCUGCUACCGUGGAACAUUCAUGUCCAAACUACUACCUCAUCCGGCGCCGUGGACGGUCGCUCUCUGUCCUGUGGCUUACCAGCUCCAAGCUUCCAAAGCUACACACACACUAUACAAUACUACAGAAGACGCAGGUCGUUUCCCCACACUUUUAAGUUUUGAUAUUCCUCUUUAUGGCACUUUAAUAGGACACAUGCAUUCACUUGUGAAUGAUUGUCCCUAUUGAGCAUGCCCGGUGUUGAAAAGCAUUCCUGUCGUAAUUAUCUUCUUUCAUGUCGUCUUUUUUUUUUUUUUUUUUUUUAUAAACACUGUGUGUAAUUUAUUGUUUUUUAAAAACUCAGUCUCUGCUGCUGUUAUUGUACUGUACACUACAUUAUUUACCUCUUAUAUAUUUUGGUCUCAUUACAUGGAAAAAGAAAACCCAACAUGUUACCUGUUGACCUCUGAUUUUGUCGCAUUACUUGAAUUCUGUCUAUGAAGAAGCAUUUGUGUUUUAUGCUAAUUGGUAAACAUGUUAGUGUUGUAUAGAAAGUCAUGCUUCAUUUUAACCUGCUUUGUGCAAUUUCUGUAGCAUUCACAUUCUCCGUGAGUCUGCAGUAUCUUAUGUUAUUAUUACCACUUAAAUUUUUAUAUAUAUUUUUUUUUGCAUCCACACGUCUGGAGAAAAAAAAAAGUCAUGUUAAGAGGUGAGAAUCAUUUACAGGUAUAUCUAAAUAACAAAAAUAGGAUGUAGUUUGAAUGUUAAUUUAUUUCAAUUAUCUAAUUCAAGAGUUGGAUUCAUAACAGAGUGAUAUAUUUCAAGUUUUCGGUGAGGUGGCACUAGAACUGCUGACCAUCCACUAUCUCCCUCAAACUUUUAAAAGUCUUUCUAAAUCCUCUCAAGGUUGUGGCUAUAAUUACUGCUUUUUUUUCUCCCACAUUUUUUCCUUCCACUCAAUUUUCCAUUUUUGUGCUAGAAUACAGUUAUUAGCUACUUAAUCUUUUGUGUCUUAGUUAUCCAAAUUAAUUAAACUAAAUGCUUGAUAUAACUCAUUCUUAAAUUCCUGACAUAAAUUAAUUGCUCAAUAACAAUCUAGCUUAUUGAGAUAUACCUGCAUGAUGCAGUCCACCCCUUUGUUAGCACUGAGGCUUGUUUAUUUCCAGGAUGUGUUUUUAUAUUACUGAUCCUCAUUCCAGCACAUAUUUAUGCAACAUGAUACUUUUGUUUUCUUGUAAAAGUGUUUGCCGUAUUUUGCUGGUAUAAUCUCUUUCAUAUUUACGUUAGAGGCCAAGUUUGCGUCAUUCCCCGCGUUGUUUACAGCUGUACUGUUACUUCCACUCCUCUUGAUUUCUCUAGAUGCAAAACUUUUCAUCGUCAAACAAGCAGUUUCAGUCUCUCCAAGUAGUGUUUCUGUUUGAGUCACUCCUAGAAGAGCGUCGUCCUGCCUAUAGAAAGCAUGAGACGCGGAUCUGGGUCGGGACUUUUGGCUUUCCUAGGCGUGCAUCAAACUUCUAUGCAACAGAUUUAUUGUUUGUGAAGGAAAUCGAUUUCACUUCUCAAAGAAACUAUGCAGAACGCAACUUCAAAAUGUUUCAUCGAAAUUCAGAAUCAGAAGCUCUGCUUUCUCAGGCAGUUCAACUCAGUGAGAGGGCCCAGAGCCCAGAACGUCAAGAUUAAUUCAUAAACCGAUCGCAUCACGUUUGGGGGAGAAUACGUUACAUCGGUUUUAUUUUUCAAAGUUCAGCACAUUAAAGCAACAAGAUCUCACUGCCAUCCCGUAGUGACGUUCUCUGCUGAAAGCGAAGGCUUCAGGUUUUGUCUCAGCCUAUGAAUACUGGGUAUUCUCAGAGGUGACGCCGUCAGUCUGCUGUGAACCAGCAGCAGGACGACUGCGGACUCUGGGGUGUCACUUUGUCCUUUGGAGCAGUUCGCUCACUUUGGGUUAGGUUAACACUGCAUGUCCCUGAAACUGCACUAGUACUAGAGUUGUUCAGUAUGAGUCUGUGUUCUGUUAGUUUAUGCCUGCUUUUUAUUUAUUUAUUUUUUUUGAAAAGUUUAAUUUUUAAAAAAAAGUUUAAAAUGUUGGCCUUUUGAUAUUAAUGCUAUCAGGAUUUUUCUCUCAAUGUCCAUGUUUACAAAAUCUGUAUCUCUGAAAAAGGCCAAAUGAAUGAGCUAAACUGCAACAACAUGCCUGGUUGUCAUAUCAAUGUAUUCUGACUGGAUGGCCCUCCAGGGACACCGUCCUCUGUUACUGACUCAAAAGAUGUACAGACCAUAACGAAACCUGGUAAAGAAUGUGGAAAUAAACAUCAAGUUUAAUAUAAA